AUGAAUCACAACAACUUUCCUCGUUUUACUCGCGGUCGCGGGGCCUCCCCUCAUGGUCCCCGUGGUGGCAAGGUGGGCAGGGCAACAGCCGCUGAAGUGGUGCCGCCUGCCCCUCUGGGCCUUGUCGUUCGGCAAUUUCUUGCCAGUGAUCUUCCUCGCACCGUUUCCGCGGAGAAGACUCUUGAGAUCACCGACGUGGAGACGAUCGCUUCGUUCAACUGGCUGGACAAGGCUGAUGCACACAUCACUGUUCCUGGCAUGCCCCCCAAAUGGACCCCUCUUGACCAGCCUCGCAAGCUCAAGCAGGAUUCGGGUACCUACUAUCGAGAUAAAAAUGCAGCUCACUAUCCAGACUUUCCGCUAGAAGCGUCGGUCGAGGCUAUCAUGAAGAUGAACUCGAACGCGGACAAGGCCUCAUACCCGGGUCCGAUUGAUGUGUUUGGCUGCGCCAGUACCCUGGGAAACCUCCUCCGGUUUACAAGAGGCGAGAGCGCGAGCUUUCGAAUCCUAGUUGAGGUGGUCGGCACUACUGUACACUUCAUUCGUCGCGAAAAGUCCUCGCGGGAAAUCAUUCAAGAUGUUUUCGGCUACGGUCAUACCUUUCCGGAAAAUUACACUACCUGGGACAAGUCAGUGCGAGACUCGGCCUCCCAUCAGCGCAUCCUCAAGUAUCACUUUGGUGGCUUGACGCUCCUUGUGCGGUUCGAAGGCGAUGGCUAUCUCCCCGAUCAUGCUUGUGCAUCGUCGUCCAAAGACGCCAGCAGCGAUAAGGCAGUAGGUGCUGCCUCGGUCGACGACUUGAUCGCGUCCCUUUCUGUCUCGCACAAGGCUCCAUCAUCCAACAAUUCGCUGACCAUCUCCGACGGCGGCCGUGCGGUUCCGUCUCGAGCCACUUUUGACCUCAAGACCCGCAGUGUCCGCCGCAAAGCCGAGGAGGCCAAGAUCAUCGCCGGCGAGAUGCCCCGUCUCUGGCUCCGGCAGACGCCGACCCUGAUCCUUGCCUAUCAUGAGCAGGGCGUCUUUCGUGACAUCAACGUCCAGGAUGUGCGUGCCGGCGUGGGGAAAUGGCAAGACGAGAACCAGGAGAUCCUCGCGCGCUUUUUAGGGCUGCUUGAACGGAUUGUGGGUUUCGCUAGGGAGCAGACAGUCAGCAAGUUGGAGAUCACAUGCGACGAAGGGAGCGACACUCUUUACGUUCGGGAACAAAUUGCAGUCACAAUGUCGGCAUUCUCUCCACCCGUCGAGGAUCGCUGGAAAUCGUGGCUCGCAGAUCAUGGAACAAGUGUCGAUGGUAAGGAUGAUGAGAAAGCCGGGCAGCUUGAGCCGGGAAGUGGUGAUGAGUUAGAUCGUAUCAGCCUCGACUACACGGCUUGCGAUGAUGAGUGUGGCUACUGUGGUCGCUGUGCAUAUUGA